UCUAUGGUGUGGGAAGGGACCGUGUUCGGAGGAUGACUAACAACGACGACGACAGUGCUGCUCGGAGCCUGCUGGCCAGCAGCAGACGGCGGCCGCAGCAUUCUCUAUUCUGCGCAUGCGUGCGUACGUGCGUGCUGGUGCCACUGGGUUACGGCCUCAGCUGUGCACGUACAGCCACCACUCGCGCUCUCUGCCUCUCGUUUUCUCUUUCGUCUCCCUGCUACUGCCUGCAUCGCUGGUGACUUCACAAUGGACGACACGGUAGAUACCAAGAACCCUCACUAUGAUGUCAUUACGAUCGAGGACCCACCCUACAUCAUCAGGACGGCUGACGGAGGUGCCGAAGGUAUGCUUAUUGACCUUCUGACCCUGGUGUCCAAGAUGGCCAGCUUUAACUACGAGCUGAAGAUCCAUAACGGCUCUUACGGUCACCAGAACUCCCAGGACGAGUGGGAAGGACUCAUCGGGCAGCUGGUCAAAAAGUCUGCGGACAUGGCGAUUGGAGCCAUUGCUAUGACACCUAGCCGGGAGAGCGUGGUGAAGUUUUCACAACCUUUUGACAGCUCCAGCAUCAAGCUGCUGUUGCCACGCCCACUGGCAGGACCAGAGCUUGGGGCAUCCCUGCUGCUGCUGCCCUUCAGCGCCUCCUCUUGGGUCCUGCUUGUUCUUGCCCUGUUUCUUGUAAGUAUUGGUUUCUUCUUGAUUGGUCGUUUCUCACCUUACGAAUGGUCCCGAGUGGCCCAGGACAAGGACGUGCGCAGAGCCCGCUACUCAUUUGGUCUAAGAGGCAGCCUCUUGUUCGUCUUGAGUACCUUCAGUCUCCAAGGGUACCGGGAAGCACCCAAGUCGUUGUCGGGGCGCGCGCUGGCGGUUGCUUGGUGGUUUUUUAGUAUUUUCAUCCUCUUCGCCUAUGUCUCCAACCUGACGGCGCUGGUCAGCUCGCGCCCACACCAGCAGGCGUCUCUAGGAUUCCGCAACUUUGACGACAUCCUGCAGGACCGUGAUAUGAACAUUGGUAUUAUCCGUCACAGCGAAACGGACCUGGAACUGCGGAUCAGCACGGAGCACCUCCAGAAACGCCUGCACGAGUACGUGCGGGGUCGCCACAACUGGGUAGGUACCCUGGAGGAGGGCCUGAGCAGGGUGCGCGAGUCGAACGGCAAGUUCGGACUGCUGCUGCCCGCCGUCAAGGCCGACUACCUGGCCUCGCAGAACUGCGACCUUGUGAGCUUUGGCGGCGGCCUUGGCUCUCUGACCUACGGUCUGCCCUUCGCUGACGGCGGCUACGCAGACGGCGUGAGAGACAGGGUUGGGGAAGCCAUCCAGAAGCUGAGAGAAAAUGGUACCAUCGAUAGGCUGGUUCAUAAAUGGAGCAAGAAAGGGGGUCACUGCACAGACUCCGAUGGUAACUUGCUUCCGGUCCGGCGCCGAGAAAGCGGUCCAACGUUUAUUACCAUGAGCCCACGUGACCUAGCCGUGCCUUUCUUGUUUCUCUUCCUGUGUGGCAUCUUCACUGCCGUGAUUGCUGCUCUUGAAAUUCUUCACACCAGGGGGCACUUCAAGCUGCAGAGACCUGACGAGGAAGCGGCGGCGGCGGAGCCUUUGAACAAGCCAGGUAAGGCCGGCCAGCAGGCCACGACAGUACUGGAGGAUGAGGAUGAAGAGGAGGGCACGGAGACCCAGCCUUCCUUGGAAGCCAAGGCUGCUAAGACUGCCGAGGAGAAGGAGGCUGACGGAGAACCAGAGAUGGAGCCCGAGGACAAAGAGAAAGGAAAGGAGAAGGAAGACGCCAAGGAUGGAGCAGACGACUCCGUAGUGCCGACCCAAGACGCCGUUCCGACCAAAGCAGACGACAUUGAAAAAUCUGACUGAGCAACUCGGCACCCAACAUCUGCAUUUGAAUUUCAUCUCUCACCUAUCUCCAUCUUGUUUAAGGGGGCUUUUCUUUCAUUUUUUUUUUUAUCACUUCAUCUUGUUUCAGACUGCCUACACGUUCUGCCUUUUUUCGACUUCGCCAUUUUUUCAUUUAAUUACGGAUUUUAUUUGUUAAAUCCACGCUGUGAGAGAGACCUUUUGGCAGAGGCUUUUGGCAAAGCAACAGUUAUUGUCGAAAAUGUUGCUGAUUAUUGUAAUUACUAUUUUUCUGGCAGACCGCAUGGUCAAAACAUGGCGUGUAUACAUACGCGCCUUGUAUUUUAAACUUGUGUAAGUGUUAUCAAGGACAAUUAACAAUUGCUGGACCCUUUUUCGAGAAACUUGCUUGCCACUACCUUCGUCGACAGAAUCGUUUCUUGUUGUUACUGUGUGACCCAGAAAAGUGUACUUUAAUAUUCGUUGUACCCAACUCCCCCCUUUUCCUACUGCAUGUUUACGGUCCUCAUCGUGUCAGUAUUAGUGGUGUGAGAGGCUGUUUCCUAAUUGUUGUGACUACGAAGCUUUCUUCAUCGAAAAAAGUCUUCUUCAGGAAACCGAUUGAUAUUAGUGAUAUUUCGGUUAAUUACAAUCACUGGCUUAUAACAAUUGUCUUGGCGCAGGCUGUCCAUCAGGUACUACUGUUGUAAGCUUGUACUAGAUACAUGUUGUGGAGUUGAUGGUUCUGUCAAAGAUAGUACUUGGUGUACACUGGUGUUUCUUGUAGGGUUACUGUUGGCGGGAAUUUCGGCAGGAACUAGCAGUUACUUUGUUCUACAAGUAUACAUCCCUUCUUGGAUACCUGUCACUGCAAUUAAACGGGCAUUAUGUCUGUUACUAAGAUUGUUUUGUGAGAAAGACCUUCCGAGUAGGAUCGAUUCUGUCUUGUAUUGUUUAUAUUUCUAUGAUCCUGCAAUUAUUUAUUUUUAAGUUUAGCAUGCAAACAAAUAAAAAGGUGUGUGUGAGUGUGUGUGUGUGUGUGUGCGUUCUUAGUGGUUUAGCGGGGAAUAGAAUCAACCUAUAAUUUAAAGCACAAACCAAAGACACCGUAGAACUCAAACAAAAUGACAGAUUUUCUCUUUCGCUUUGUAAGUGUGGUGGUAGUUACUCCAUUCUCCCCCCAGCAAAAUUUGUGUGAAGGUAAUUUUUGUCUGCAGUAAUUAGUGCCAUAAUGUCUGCGGAAAUUAGUGCCAUACUAGAUAACUAUCUGUGUUUGCCUCGCCGUGUCAGUGGCAUGAAAAAGUUUUUAAAAAUGUAGUUUUUUUCAUGUGCGCCGUUGUAUUUUAGAGAGAUCUUCUUCUGUGUUUUUGAGGCUAUUUCCAUGUAGUAAAUCCGUUACCAAGAAAGUUGUGCUUCAGGGUGCUGAUGUUGGUCUGGAGCAAACCACUGACUACUGAAUCCCGUUCCGCAAGCUCGCCACAGUACGCCAUAAGUAUUUAAUUGAUUAGACCACAGAGACAAAUCAGCUAAUAAUUAUCACUCGGUGUUAUUAGCUCUCUAUAGCUCAGUUUCUCUUCCAACCUUCGAGCUAAUGACACAGUGUUCAGCACCACACCCAGGAUUUGACCGUGGAGUUCAACAAGACACUUUACUGUGGCGACAAAGAGAAGAAGAAGGCGACAAAAUAAAAUGUUUUAUCGUGGCACUAAAUUAAAUGCACCUUGCUGACUGUCAGUUGUAUUAAGAAAACGUCAAAAAUAUUUGAUAUUGUAACUAAACAUAAUGUGUGUGAUACAAACUUGUCCUGGUUCAUGUGCAACUGCAGGCUUAUUGUUUAUUAUUAUUAUUUUAGAUACCUCAUAUUUAGCUCAUUGAUCCGCGAGACAAAUUUUAUACAGACUUACAAAUAUAAAAGCGUAUUUUUGAACAUGCUGUCAGUCUAGCCAUCACCUAUUUCUCAUGAAAUAUAUUUUGAAAUACAUCCUGAUACUUGCCUGCCUGAGGCUGUAUUGCAUGAAAUUUGUAAUCUCGCGUGUACGUAUAUUUUCACCUACGUACAUACCUUUGUAAGCCAUCUUGGAAGUCAAGUAUUUAAUAUUAUGAUGGUAUUUUUUCAUCUCUUUGUAUAGCUCUAUUCUUACCUAUUUUGAGAAUAAUGACACAUCUUUCAUCAGAAGAGACCUUUUAUAUUUUUGUACGAAGUACAUUCCCUGCCAGAACAGCUUUAGAGCUAGUUUAGGAAAAAAAAUGUAGCUAAAGGAUUAGACAGUAGUGGACAAUUGUACCUGAACUUUGUUUGCAUAAACACAUUUUACACGCUGGAUGGUUAUAGGGUAAUGAGGUGGUGACAAUGUAUCCAAAUGUUGAUGCUCAACUAGCAGAAUUGUCAGUGCUGCUUAGGGUGCGCUGAUUUUUUUAAUAUUUUAAUCAUUCACUAACACACGCUCACUCACUCCUUCAUUCACUCGCUCGCUCAAUCAUUCAUAUACACAAAAAAAAAAAAAUGACAUGAAUGCCUAUUUUAUACGAUGCUCAAAACUUGGAUCAGUGUAAUUUUCAAAUCAAUGUAUUUUUAAAAAUGUAUUUCAUGUGGUAAAUGUUGUGUUUUGAUAAAUAAAUCCUGUUUUGAAAAUA